UUAAAACGUGAUUUGCACGUGUAUAGUUACACAGCUUGCAGUCACGUGGUUUUGUUUGCCCGCAUUUCGUAUUUGCGUGAAACGAAUAAUGUGUAUUUGUAACGCGAAAACAAUAAUUGUUACGUGUACUUUCAUUUGAAUAUAAUAGCAAUAAUUCAGUUUUUAAAAUAAAGCAAUGGAAUCGAAUAAAGCAAAAUUAUCAAAAAGUAUUCUGGAGAUGAAAUUUAUGAAACGGACUAAAGAGAAAGUAGAAAAGCAACAAUUUCAAGAAGAAGGUGAAGAAUAUUUCGGAAGUGAACUGACGAAGCGCAUGAAGACAGACUCAGACAGAUUCAUCAUUGAACCUAGCUAUGUUUUCUGCGAGAAAUUAAUGGAAGGUAGAGUAAGUUUCCAAGGUAUGAAUCCUGAAAUAGAAAAACUAAUGGAGGCGGAAUGGAACAAUGAACGCAGCGUAGUGGAAACAAAAAAAGAAACAGACGUGUCGGAUGAACAAAUGACAGAACAUUUUAAAGCUUUUAGAAAAAACGUAAAACACGAAUAUAAGUAUGAAAAACCAUUGAAAGAAAAUAGUGACGAACCGUUACCGAAACGACCAAAAUUUUUGAAACCACAAGAUUAGUGAUAUUUAUGAACGAUAAGUAUUUGUAUCGUCCUUCCAUAAGAAGAAGGCACCGCGUGUUUACAUCCCCACUCUUGCUGCAGUCCGCUGAUUGGCCAAUACCUGUGAGUCAGCGGACUGCAACAGAAUUGGGGAUGUAAACAUGCUGUACCUUCUCAGGGAAGAAUUGUAUAUAAGUAUACAAAGAGUUCGGCCACCCCUGGGAAAAAUUUUAAUGGGUGAUUCUAGAGGCCAAAAUA